ACGGAAGUGGGGCAUGCUCACCGGCUCUGUAGGAGGAGGACUGGCAGUGUUUGCUGAUGUGCUUCACAGGAGUACCAACAUGGCGGUCUGAGUGCGCAUCUCUUGUUGCUGGGUCAGGACACUACGCCCUACACGGUCCCGGUAGCCAUGGCUCCAGCUGUACAGUAGCCCCUGCUGGGCGAGUGCAUGAGUGACGGCAAGCCCUGAAUUGCGCUCACCUGACGGGCAGCAGUCAUGUUGGAGGGCUUGGUUGCAUGGGUUCUCAACACGUACUUGGGAAAGUAUGUCAAUAACCUCAACACAGACCAGCUCUCUGUAGCGCUGCUGAAAGGUGCGGUGGAAUUGGAGAACCUACCAUUAAAGAAAGAUGCUCUGAAAGAGUUGGAGUUACCGUUUGAAGUGAAAGCAGGCUUCAUAGGAAAAAUAAGGAUCCAAAUCCCCUUUUACCGGCCACAUUUGGAUCCUUGGGUAAUCUCAGUUUCCAAACUGCACUUAGUUGGAUCUCCUGAUAAGCAAGAAGACUUUGAUGUAUUGAGGGAAAAGUUGUUGGAGAAAGCUCACAAAAAAGCUCUGCUGAAGGCACUAGAAGAAAAAUGGAAGAGUGAACAGCAACAAAAGGGGGAAUCAUACUGGUAUUCUGUGAGUGCGUCUAUUCUAACCAGAAUUGUGGACAACAUUGAACUGAAAAUUCAGGAUGUCCAUUUGAGGUUUGAAGAUGGAAUUACAAAUCCCUUACAGCCCUUUGCAUUUGGAGUGUGCAUCAAAAACGUCUCAGUGCAAAAUGCCAGCCGCGAGCCGGUUGAAAAGUUAAUGAGGAAGAAGCAGCUGGAAGUUGAAGACUUCAGCAUUUACUGGGAUGUUACCAGCACUUUAUUGGGUGAUUUACCCCCAGGGGAGCUACAGGAGGCAAUGGACAAGAGCAUGGAGGACCGUGAGCAUCAGUACAUCCUGGAACCGGUGUGCACUUCAGCACUUCUGAAGAGGAACUGUUCUAAAGAGCCACUCAGAUCGCGGCAUCGCCCACGAAUUGAGUGCGAUAUAUGUCUCAAGACCAUACCACUUACUCUUUCUCAGGCACAAUACCAGCAAAUUGUUGAGUUUGUUGAUGAAUUUGACAGAAAAGAGAGACAGAUGAAAUACAGAAAAUGGAAACCAAAGGUGCCAGUAUCAAAUAACUGCAGAGAAUGGUGGCUUUUCGCGCUGAAUGCAAACCUCUGCGAGAUCCAAGAGCACAGGCGCCGCUUAACUGUGGAGUUUCUGCUGCACCGAGCUCGAGACGCAGUGUUUUACUGUGACAAACGCUAUCACCAUCUACAAGGGAUUCCACUAUCUGCUGAAGAUGAGGUUCAGCUGGACCGGAUUGAGGAAGAACAGUCCUUUGAAGAAUUAAAAAUUCUACAGCAGCAAGUGCACGACCGAUUGAAAAAGCAGCAUGACCUGGCAGAGAGUGUGAGGGAACCUAUUUCGGACCCUGCUAGUGGUUCCCCGGUACCGAGCCCCACAGGCAGCCAGAGCACUGGAAUGCUGCAGUACCUCCAGUCCUGGUUUCCAGGCUGGGGAGGUUGGUAUGGGAAUCCCCAGGAAGCACGUGAAGAUCUAGAGAGGUUAACUCAGGAUCAGCGACAGGAAGGAAAGUCUUGGAAUCCAGAGGAUAUCUUGGGAACGGAUGAGUUCUUUGAUCCCACCUCUGAUACCGCAAACCUGAAUACCUUUACUAAAAGAGAUCACGUGUUUGCGAAACUCAACUUCCAACUGGACGGCGGCACAAUUACCCUCCUGCACAAGGAGAAGAGCAGCUCUCUGGCCAGGGAGACCACCUUCAUGCAGCUGGAAUUCUCAGGGAUGACGGUGAGAGUGGAGUCUUUGCCUCGUACAGACUCCUCCCUUUUGCUGGUUCAGCUGGGCGGACUAUUCCUCAGAGAUCUGGCCACACAAGGGACUAUUUUUCCUGAUUUGGUCUACCCUAAUGCUCAAAAGGAAGUGGCCUGUGUAACCCCGCCAUCCAGUGUACACGCGGGUACGCCAGACUUGCUCAGUCCCAGCGAAUCUACCGCAGGAGAUGACCCUGUAUUUAAAAUGUUAUAUGAGAAAUAUCCAGUUCACAGUGUGUUUGAGAGACGACUAGAAGUGAGCACAAGGCCGCUGAAUAUAAUCUAUAAUCCACAAGCGAUUACCAAGGUGGCAGACUUCUUUUACCAAGGGAAAGUUCACAGUUCAGGAUUUGGAUAUCAGUCAGAACUUGAGCUAAGAGUGGCAGAAGCUGCCAGAAGGCAAUACAAUAAACUAAAAAUGCAAACGAAAGCUGAAAUUCGUCAGACUAUUGAUCGGUUAUUGGUUGGAGAAUUUAUUGAGAACAGUAGACGCUGGACGUUGCGUCUCGAUAUCUCUGCUCCUCAGGUUAUCUUUCCUGAUGACUUUUUGUGCCAGGAUCCAGUUCUAGUAGUCGUAGAUCUUGGGAGGAUUUUACUUACCAACUCUCAAGAUCAUUGCAAACAUAAGGCUUGUGAUCUAUCUGCUGAAAAAAAUGAUCUAAGUGAUGAUGAAUACAAAACACCUCUAGCAACUCCUACCAGUAGCCCACCGCCGGAGGUUGCCGCCAGCGCUGAUCCGGACGUGUCUAGUUACAGCGGGAGCGAGCUAAGCGAAGAACAGCUGGAAGCUUAUUUAUUGAGCAAUAAAAUGUAUGAGAAAUACUCACUGUCUUUUAAGGAUUUGCAGAUCAUGGUUGGACACGUAAAAGACAAUUGGAAACACAUUCAGGACAAUGAGGUUGGGCCUACUCACGUCGUAGAGAAGUUCAAUGUCCACUUAGAGUUGGAGCGUAGGCUGAUGUACACCUCUGACCCUCAGUAUCCUGGUGCUGUGCUUUCUGGUACUCUGCCGGAUUUAAAAAUCCAUAUAAACGAGGAUAAAAUAUUUGCUUUAAAAAAGUGCUUUACAAACUUGACCAACUCUGAAAGCAGAGCGGCAGAUAAUAUGCUUCUUCGGAAGGAAAAAAUAUUCAUAGAUACCGAGAACCAUUUGCGAAUGCAGGACUCUGUUAUGAACCUUACCCAGAGCAUCAUCACUCUUGAGCAACACACCAGGGAAGUUCUGGUUGAGUCAAAGCUUCUCUUAGCCGAGUUUAAAGUCAACUACAUGCAGCUGGGUGUUGAAAGCUGUGGCCGUUAUAUUUCACUUCUCAAAGUAUUUGGUACUAAUGCCCAUUUUGUAAAAAGACCGUAUGACGCAGAAGUCUCCCUGACUGUCCACGGUCUUCUCAUGGUGGACACCAUGCAAACUUACGGCUCUGACUUUGACCUUCUAAUGGCUUCACACAAAAACUUGUGCUUGGAUGCCCCAACUGGAAGCCUUCGUGAAAGCAGAGCACAGUCUCCGGUCUCUGACACCAAUGACCUUUCACCAUCAAACCCUUGCUUAGUAAAAAAUAAAUACAAUUCAUCUGAAAACAUCUCCUUAAAGGAUCAAGAAUCUCUCAUAAAGCUGGAAUACCAGUUUGUUAGUUCCGAAUGCCCUUCAAUGAAUUUGGAUAGCUCAUUGCAAGUGAUGAGCGUGCAGGUCAAUAAUCUAGACAUCAUUCUUAAUCCAGAAACAAUGGUAGAGCUUCUUGCUUUUCUUCAGAAAUCUUUCCCCCGAGACAAUGACGACGUCAGCCCUCAGCCUUUGAAAGCGGACUAUGAAAACAGGUUCAGUGACCAGGAGUUUUUCCAGUCUACGUACGAGCAGAACACCCAAGUAGCCAUUGAUAUCCACAGACUAAACAUUCUUCUCUUCAGGACCGUUACCACGCCUGAUGGAAAAAGCAGUGGAAGGAAAAUCGCAACAGCUAGUAUUGGAGGAACAAAGGUGAAUGUGUCUUUAGGAAGCAGGUUUGCGGUCAACGGCUCUCUCGGUUGCCUCCAGCUGAUGGACCUAGCACAAGAGUCUUCAAAAAACAAAUAUGUGAUAAGUAUAGGCAACGUAGCCGCUUAUGAUAGCCAAGUAAGCGAAGCAGAAACUUUUGAAAGUAUUUUCGGCACAAGAGACAACAACUAUAUCCCAAUGGAGGCUUUAAGCUUUACAUUUAUUGAGCAGUCCAAAGAAGAAUUUGCCCUCAAUCUGAAAAUGGCAUCUUUGCAUUAUAACCAUUCAGCCAAGUUUCUGAAAGAACUGACCUUGUCAAUGGAUGAGCUAGAAGACAACUUUCGGAAUAUGCUGAAGAGCGCAGCCUCCAAAGUGUCUUCUGUGCUGGCCACCAAAACGGCAGAGUACAGUGAAAUCGUUUCAUUGUUUGAACCUCCACGUAAACAUCGGGACUCUGCGCAGGAUGAAGCGGAUGAAUAUGAUGGGAUUUGUCCUCUGAAUGCUAAAAUUGAUACUGUAAAACUUAUUUUAAAUAUUAACAUAGAGUCUCCGGUUGUGUCGAUACCUCGCAAUCCUGGUAGCCCGGAGCUUCUAGUUGGGCAUUUAGGACAAAUAUUUAUUCAGAACUUUGUGUCAGACGAUGACCAGUCACGAAGUGACCGGUUACAGGUGGAAAUUAAAGACAUCAAGCUCUACUCUUUGAACAGCAGUCUUCUUGCUGGACGCAAGGAAUUCCGAUGUUCAGAAUCUGAAUCAUCGUGCCCAGUAUCGGGUUCAGCAAGUGUGAACAGCCAGGAAGAAACGCAGUUUACCCGUCAUGAUUUCUUUGAAUCACUGCAAAAGAAUCAAGCUUUCCAUAUAUUACACAAUACUACCAUACAGUUUAAAAUGGAGAAGUUUGCUUUAGAGAAAGACUGUGAAUUGACGUUUCCAUUCUAUGAUGAUUCCUUAGAGGUGGGAAGCAUUUUGAAGAUUGAGGGAAAUUUUGUCAAUCACGUUCAGGUGGUCCUAGCUAAACAUGUUUACGAGCAGGUGCUGCAGACUCUUGAUAAUCUGGUUUACAGUGAAGAUAUGAACAAAUUGCCACAAAGCUCCACUAUCCCUUCCAGUCCGGUGACGCCAGACCAGUCUGUUUUCAAAGGAUCUGAAAUCUCGAGCGAACAGAAGGAAAACAGCUUGUUCAGUACCCCAAGCCUUAGAUCCAUAUCAAACAAAUCUGUUUCUACUCCGGAGUCAAAACAGUUUACCCAAAUUCAAGCAAAUUUUUGCAUCUCUGAAUUACAAAUUCAGUUGAGUGGUGAUCUUACCCUUGGCGCCCAAGGCCUAGUAAGUUUAAAAUUUCAAGACUUUGACAUAGAGUUUAACAAAGAUCACCCACAGACGCUAGCUAUACAGAUUGCAUUACGCUCCCUUCUCAUGGAAGACCUGCUUGAAAAAAAUCCAGAUUCAAAGUACAAGAACUUGAUGGUAUCACGAGGGGCACCAAAAUCCUCAAGUUUGGCCCAUAAGGAAUAUCUGUCCCAGUCUUGCCCCUUAGUUUCUCAUGUGGAAUAUCCGGAUAUGCCACGAUCCCUUCCUUCCCACAUGGAAGAAGCCACAAAUGUGUUCCAGUUGUACCAAAGACCAACAUGUACUUCUCGUAAGAAACGAAGUGAAGAUCUAGACUCUGAGUACCCAUUAACACCACCGCCCUCUCCUACGUCCGAGAGAUCAAAGUCCUCUUGUGCAAAGGACAGUUUUGAUGAUUCCUUGGUUCACAUAAGUGUGUUCUUGGUGGACAGAAAGCAUCCUGAAUUUUCUUCUAAGUACAAUUGUGUCAAUCGGAGUGUGAAUGUGGAUUUUAACUGCCUUGACGUAUUAAUCACAUUGCAGACGUGGGUUGUGAUUUUAGACUUUUUUGGAAUUGGGUCAACGGCCGAUAAUCACGCUAUGAAGCCAGAACCGGCGGACACGCGGCAGGUGGUGAGAUCAGAGGUGAACACCAGUGCGAGCGCUUCUGUCCAAGAACAUACCAACACAAAGAUGGAUCUCAAGGUUCAUGCUCUGUCUUUGGUUUUAAAAAAUACAUCUAGUGAAUUGGCUAAAGCAAUGGUGUCCAAGCUAACCACCCAUUUUGAACUUAUUGAGGGGGAUUUAGCCUUACAGGGGAGUAUCGGCAGCCUGUCACUCAGUGACCUGACACUGCAUGGUGAGCUGUACACCGAGCGGUUCACCACUAGCGGAGACGAAGCACUGAUAUUUCACAUUAUCAAAUACGGUCUCCCGGACCCCCAGUUAAAAAGAGAGUACGACAUGCGUGUGAGCCUGAGGAUGGCCUCUGUGCAGUAUGUCCACACUCAGCGCUUCCAGUCCGAGGUUGUGGCCUUCAUCCAGCACUUCACUCAGUUACAAGAUGUCCUUGGCCGGCAGAGGGCAGCUAUUCAGGGGCAAGCUGUUAGAGACCAGGCUCAGCAGGCCUCCCGUGUCCUGCUGGACAUCGAAGCCGGAGCCCCUGUGCUCCUCAUACCCGAGAGCUCCAGAUCUAACAACUUACUGGUCGCCAACCUUGGGAAACUAAAAGUCAAGAACCGCUUUUUGUUUUCAGGAGCACCUGGGACAUUCUGCCUAAAAGACAAGAGUUUAGGUCAGUCUUCCUCUCCCAUCGUUACUCCAGAGCAUAAAGUCAGUACUAAGAGGACUGACGUCAAGACAAACGUGGAUUGUGAUCCCGUGGAAGGUUUAGUUAUGGCGUCCAGCAUGAAAUCUAGAAAAGAGACAAAAGACUGUAAUAUAACUAACUGUCCCGAUAGCCCUGAUGAGUACACCUGCCUGUUAGACUGCAUUGUGGUGGACCUGCAGGACAUGGACAUAUUUGCUGCAGAGAGACGACCUAGAGAUACUGCAGAAUGUUUGGAGAAGUCCCGAUCGGACCUGUCCUUCCCUUCGUACUGCGUGAGACAGAUGGGUGGGAGCCUCCUCACAGAACAGUGCAGACUGAAAUUGCAGCUGGAGAGGAAUUUGGAUAAAGAAAUAAACCAUUUUGUUCCCGAUAUGUCAAUUCACGGCAGUUUAUCCUCUGUUCACUGUUCACUGGAUUUGAGUAAAUAUAAACUAAUCCGAGGCCUGUUGGAGAAUAACCUGGGAGAACCUAUUGAUGAUUUUAUGCGGCCGUACGACUUGCAAGAUCCACGGAUUCAUACUGUUCUAAGUGGAGAGGUCUACACAGGCGUAUCUUUCCUCAUCGACAUGGUCAAUGUCAGCUUGGAGCUUCUUGAAGACAAAGGGAAAGAUGGAGUAAGCCAUUCAUUGGCGCGGUUUGACUUUAAAAAGUCUAAACUGCUUUUUGAGAGCUUCUCAAACCAGACUACAUCCAUUAACCUGGUUUCCCACUCUAUGAUGGCCUUUGACACUCGAUUUGCUGGACACAAACCACCCAUUGCCCACAAACCCAAUGUUUUCAACUGCAUCCUGCAACCGUCAAAAAGCAACAGCAACCCCGGCUCCUUACAGAUUGAGUUACACCACAGAUCAACAAAGGAAACUUCCUGCUUCACCGUCGUCCUCAACAACCUGCGCGUGUUUUUAAUCUUUGACUGGUUGGUGUUAGUGCACAAGUUCCUGCAAACGCCAAGCGAAACAAAAAAAUUCCAUCACCUCGUCCGAGAAGAAAGAGGCAGUAAUUCUUCUCCUGUGGUUCCAAAAACGGUGAAGUCUGGUGUUGUCACCAAGAGGUCUUCUAUUCAGAUCACUCCCGAAAAGCAGCUGGAAGUAAAGAUUAAUGUGACUGGGACUGAGUUUGUGGUUGUGGAAGAUGCAUCUUGUGUCGACACAAACGCCAUCAUUCUGAAAGGGACAACUGUCCUCACCUACAAGCCCAAACUGGUGGAUCGGCCGUUUUCGGGCAGUUUGUUUGGAAUUGAGGUGUUUUCCUGCCGCUUGGGGAAUGAACAGGACACGGCUCUGUCUAUCAUUGACCCAGUUCAUGUGCAGAUGGAGCUGGUUGGAAACUCAAAUUACCAAAAUAGUUCCGGCCUUAUGGAUGCAUUCAACACGGAGGAUUUCCCCCCAAUACUUGAGAUCCAGCUACAGACACUGGUCAUCAGACUGUCAUACAAUGAUGUACAGUUGUUCUUGGCUAUUGCAAAAUCCAUUCCUGAGCAGACCAGCCCCGGUGUACCACAGCCUGCAGUCUCCGACGCUGCCCCGGUCUCUAGCAAUGCUUCCGGCAGCAUCAAGGAACCUGAAAGCUUACCUCCGAAAGACAAACACAGACAUGUGAUGGAUCCUAUUCUAGAAAAUAACCUUGCCCGGUUACAGGAGCUGGGAUUUGCCUUAGAGGACUGUCGCAGAGCUCUUCUGGCUACCCAUGGUGAACUCAACAAAGCUGCUACGUGGUUAUUUAAGAAUGCCGAACCUCUGAAGCCGAAUAAGCAGAACAAUGGCGCAGGGGCUUUGCGCUGGAUCUCUGGGGUGGAGCUGAAGGCAGAGAGCGUUUGCAUCUGUUUCAUUGAUGACUGCAUGGACUGUGAUGUCCCCUUGGCAGAGAUCACCUUUUUACGUCUCAAUUUUUUUCAACAUUUGGUGUCCAAUCCUGAUGGCUCUGCCGAAUUCACAUUCUCUGGCGACUACUACAACCGCGAGCUCUCAGGUUGGGAGCCAUUUAUUGAGCCAUGGCCUUGUUCAAUAUCCUGGCAGCAACAGGAAGCCAGCCGCCUGCACCCAUCUCGUCUGAAGCUUGAUCUGAAAGCCAAACAACGAUUAGACAUAAAUAUCACCUCCAUGUUAAUAGAACAAUAUGUGCACACUAAGGAGUCCUGGAUGGCUGACUACUGUAAGCAGGAGAAAGGGGCUACAGUGGAGACUGCUGAGGAGUGGAUGGGCUCUUCUGUUGACCCUCCGUAUAUUGGACCAAGCCUUCCUCUAUCCUACCUUAGAACUAGGAGCACAGCCAGUCUGACUAACCUAGAACACCAGGUCUAUGCUAGAGUUGAAAUGAAAACUCCAAAGCGCAGGCAGCCAUUUGUCCCGUUUGCCCUGCGGAACCACACCGGCUGCACCCUGUGGUUUGCUACCUUAACUACGACUCCUACUCGUGCUGCAUUGUCCCAUAGUGGCAGCCCGGAGGUGGUCUCAGAUGGUGACCGAAACUUCCUGGACGAUGCGCACAAUGUGAGUCAGUGGCGGGAAGUGCUCCCAGGAGAAGAGAUUCCUUUUGAAUUUGAAACCAGAGAAAAACUCCGACACAGACACACCCAUGACUUGCGGAUACACCAGCUGCAGGUGCGGGUCAGCGGCUGGGAGCAGAUUAGUCCCGUGUCUGUGGAUAAAGUUGGGAUAUUUUUCCGUUAUGCGGCUCCGGACAAGAACACCUCUUCAUCCUCUGUUGGAAGUCCCAUUAGUAGAACUAACAUAAUACAUCCACAUGUUUAUUUUUCAGCCCUUCCUCCAGUGCGCGUAGUCUUUGCUGUAACCAUGGAAGGCAGCGCACGAAAAGUCAUAACUGUCCGUUCCUCUCUGAUCGUAAAAAACAAGCUAGAAAUCCCUAUGGAGCUUCGCCUGGACAGUCCUUCAGCCCCGGACAAGCCAGUGAUCCUCCCUGCCGUGAUGCCUGGAGAUUCCUUUGCUGUUCCUUUGCACCUCACAUCCUGGAGGCUGCAGGCUCGACCCCGAGGGAUGGGAGUGUUCUUCUGUAAAACGCCCAUCCACUGGACUAACGUCACCAAGACAGGAGAGGUUUCCAGCAGUAAACGCGAGUGCCACUCCAUGGAUGCCGAGAACAGCAGAUAUUUCAGGUUCUGUGUGGCUUUGAAGAAAGAAAACUAUCCGGAUUACAUGCCAUCGAAUAUUUUUUCAGACAGUGCUAAACAGAUCUACAGACAGCCGGGCCACACCGUCUUCCUCCUGCCCACCGUGGUGAUCUGCAACCUGCUACCCUGCGAACUCAACUUUUACGUCAAAGGGUCACUUCUUAAAGGAACCCUGAAGUCUGGCAAAGAACUGGCUCUGCACACUGCCGACACAACUCAGAACUUUGAGCUUGGAAUCUCUCUAGAAAACUUUCAACACUGCAAAGAGCUGCUGAUCCCACCCGGGACUCAGAACUACAUGGUCCGGAUGCGACUGUAUGAUGCAAACAAGAGGCAGCUGAACCUCACCAUACGCAUCAUGUGCCGGGCCGAGGGCUCACUGAAGAUAUAUAUUUCUGCCCCUUAUUGGCUGAUUAACAAAACAGGUCUGCCAUUGAUCUUUCGCCAGGACAAUGCAAAAACAGAUGCAGCUGCGCAGUUUGAAGAGCACGAACUUGCGAGAAGUCUAAGUCCACUCCUGUUCUGUUACGCAGACAAGGAGCUUCCAACCCUUUGCAGCAUGAGAAUUGGGAAAGGUAUUCAUCCGGAUGGCAUUCCAGGCUGGUGCCAGGCAUUUUCCUUAGAUGGAGGUAGCGGAGUCCGGGCUCUGAAAGUAAUCCAGCAAGGGAACCGUCCAGGACUCAUCUACAAUAUAGGUAUCGAUGUCAAAAAAGGCAGAGGGAGGUACAUAGAUACUUGCAUGGUCACUUUUGCUCCUCGAUACCUAUUAAUCAACAAAUCCUCUCACAAACUUGCAUUUGCACAAAGAGAAUUUGCUAGAGGACAGGGCACCAACAAUCCUGAUGGUUAUAUCUCCACACUCCCUGGCUCCAGUGUGGUAUUUCAUUGGCCUAGAAAUGACUACGACCAAUUGCUCUGUGUGCGACUAAUGGAUGUUUCCAACUGUAUUUGGUCUGGUGGCUUUGAAGUUAAUAAAAAUAACUCCUUUCAUAUUAACAUGAGGGAUACUUUUGGGAAAUGCUACUUUUUGAGGGUGGAAAUUACGUUGCAAGGCGCGACGUACCGCGUCUCAUUCAGCGACACCGAUCAGAUGCCUCCUCCGUUUCGAGUGGAUAACUUCUCUAAGGUGCCGGUAGUGUUCAUGCAGCACGGAGUAGCGGAGCCUCGGCUGCGGACAGAAGUGACCGCCUCCGCCUCACUGGACUACGCGUUGGAUGAGCCUACUCUGCCAUCCUACAUUACACUGACGGUUAAAGGAGCAGGUUCUUCAGAGAUCGUCUGCAACAUGAAUGACUUCCAGGACAGCAAACAGCUGUACUAUGAGAAUUUCAUCUACAUUGCUGCCACCUAUACAUUCUCUGGUCUGCAGGAAGGAAAUGUUCGGCCUGUUACUCAGUCAAAAAAUAUAAUGUACGGAGAGCUGGUUCUAGAUGUCCAACCCAAAACACACAGAGUCGUUCUGAAGAAGAAGGAGCCGGGCAAGCGGUCCCAGCUUUGGCGGAUGACGGGCACUGGUAUGCUGUGCCACGAAGGCUCAUCAGCUCCUCAUAAUCCAAACAAGCCAUCCACUGUACGAUCUCUAGAAUCUUCCUUGGUGCUGGAUAUAGCUGGACUCGCGGCGGUCACCGAUAACCGGUAUGAGCCGCUGAUGCUGAGGAAGCCCGAUCGCAGGCGGAGCACUACUCAGACCUGGUGUUUUCGGGAUGGGAAGCUUAGCUGCAGCUUACAUGGAUUGGUUGUCCAGGCCAGAAAUGGAGUUUCAGGCUUGUACGAUGGAGCUGAGGUGGUGCUCGGACCAGACGCAUCCCUAGAACAUCUCUGCUCCGUCCCCAAAGAACAGCAGUUUAUAAACCAGAAGAUGAGGCCCGGGUCAGGUGUCCUGUCUGUCAGAGUUAUCCCAGAUGGGCCCACCAGAGUUUUACAGAUAACGGACUUCAGGCAGCGCAGAAGUGAACGCCUUUCAAAUGAAAUGGAUGAACUCGCACAGCUGGAGAUGAGAAAGUUUAAGAGCCCAGACCAAGAGCAGGAGUUGGAAGUUAUAAUAAAGCUACAGGAAGGAAUUGGUAUUUCGCUGAUUAAUAAAGUCCCAGAGGAGCUGGUGUUUGCAAGUUUCACGGGAAUUAAUGUCCACUACACCCAUCUAGCCGCCAAUCAGGUGCUAGAACUCAAUGUACAGAAUGUUCAGGUUGAUAAUCAGUUAAUUGGCACAACACAGUCUAUUAUGCUCUUUGUAACACCGAAGAGCAUUGAAAGUGAAGAGUUAGAGUCUGGACCAGCCAUACAGAUCAAUGCAAUGAAGGUACCCAGCAAGAACGCCCUCACAGACCUGUACAAGCACCUACUGAUCACAGCUCAGAAAUUCACUAUCCAGAUUGAGGAAAAAUUGCUGCUUAAACUGCUGAGUUAUUUUGGUUUUGGAACAUCAGAAACAGAGGUUGAAAAGUGGGAUGAAAAUGUCCAUGAAAAAGCUGGAGAGGAGAACACCACGCCAAAGAGAUAUUAUUUUGAAAAUCUGAAGAUAUGCGUGCCACAGAUUAAACUGAGCGUCUUUACCUCUAACAAACUUCCUCCGGAGCUGAAGGCUUUGAAGAGCACCCUUGGAUUUCCGCUAAUUAAAUUUGAAGACGCUGUCAUUGAUCUGGACCCAUUUACUAGAGUUCACCCUUACGAAUCCCGGGAAUUUAUUAUCAAUGAUGCCCUGAAACAUUUUCAGGAGGAGUUGCUCAGCCAAGCAGCAAAAAUUUUGGGCUCUGUCGACUUUCUUGGCAAUCCAAUGGGCCUGUUGAAUGAUGUGUCUGAAGGCGUAUCCGGUCUUAUAAAGUAUGGAAAUGUUGGCGGCUUAAUCAGAAAUGUCACACACGGUGUAUCCAACUCUGCUGCAAAGUUUGCAGGAACCCUUUCUGACGGAUUAGGGAAGACUAUGGACAACAGACACCAGACAGAGAGGGAGUAUAUUCGUUAUCAUGCAGCGACCAGCGGGGAGCAUCUGGUGGCUGGGAUUCACGGACUCGCUCACGGAAUCAUUGGGGGGCUGACAAGUGUGAUCACGUCCACGGUGGAAGGUGUGAAAAAUGAAGGUGGGCUCAGUGGCUUCAUCUCCGGCUUGGGUAAAGGGCUUGUUGGAACUGUAACUAAACCAGUGGCAGGUGCCCUGGAUUUUGCUUCGGAGACGGCGCAGGCAGUGAGAGACACCGCCACUCUGAGUGGCCACAGAACGCAGGUUCAGAGGGUGAGGAGGCCCCGUUGUUGUACGAGUCCCCAGGGACUGCUUCCAAGAUAUUCUGAUAUCCAGGCUGAGGGACAAGAACAACUGUUCCUACUGACAGACAACAUCCAGGAUGAAUUUUUUAUUGCUGUUGAGCACAUAGACAGCUACUGCGUGUUAAUCUCAUCCAAAACGGCCUAUUUUCUUAAAUGGGGCGAGUAUGUGGAUCGCGAUGCCAUCUUUCUGGAAAUUAAAUAUGAUGAUCUAUAUCACUGUCUGGUUUCAAAGGAUCAUGGGAAAAUUUAUGUUCAGCUAACCAAGAAAGCAGAAACUUCCAGCAGUGGAAUAGCUAUACCAGGACCUUCACACCAGAAACCUAUGGUGCAUGUCAAGUCUGAAGCCCUUGCUGUGAAAAUAUCUCAAGAAAUAAAUUACGCAAAGAGUCUUUAUUACGAACAGCAGCUGAUGUUAAAGCAAACGGAGGAACAAGAGACUUUGGAGUUGAACUGCUAAACAAAGCACAAGAGACCCCAAGCAUCACCCUGCCGUUUCUCUCUACAUUAGUGUUGGAUAGACGUACUGUAUGUGUUUGUAUAUAUGGAUCUAUAUAAUGCGUAUUAAUACAAUACUAAAAUUGGUGUGUUAAUAAACACUACUGCCUUUCAAGUAUAUUGAGAUCGGGGAUAAUUUAUAUUAUGGGUUACUAAUAUUUAAUAUGAUAAAUGUAAUUAUUAAUAUAUACAUUUGAAAUAGUUCUGAUUUUGAAGAAAGACCUUUAUUUUGCUAUUAUGUAAAUAUUGUUUAAUGUAAAUAUACGAGACUAUGAAAACUUAUUUGUGUAAUGUGUCAGGUCUGUUUACACCGUAGUCUUUAAGCUGUGAGAAAUUGCACUAAGUCUCCGCAGCGCGCAACACUUGGCGCCCGUGCGCGAAUUUGUAUUGAAUGUCUAUGACGUAGGAUAUUAUACCAAAAUUAUGCAGCUGCUCUUCUCCGACGAUGAACUGCUGAAGCGAUAUAUUGUAGUCAAUUGGCUUUCUGUCCUAAUGAAUAAUGGAUCAGCCCACAAAAAUACGCAUCAAGUACACUUUAAAAAUAAGCUCAUUUUAAGUACCUGUUAAACUUACCUACAGCAAUCCUUGUAUAAUAAGUUAACAUUGUAAGUAUCAUUUUGAACACUUGGCUUUGUGGGUCUGGAAACCAAUGAUUUUGUAACUGUACAACAUACUAUAUUUAAAAAUAAAAUGUUUUACUGAUCUGUC